GGGGAGGUAAGAACACUCAGUUAGCCACGUUUCGAGCUCGGAAAGUCCUCAGAAGGUACCACCAAAAGGAACCUCUCGCUCCCUUCGACAACUUACACGCAACCACAACACGGCUCGGUGAAGGAAACACAGCCCUCCAUCAUUGUGUCUUUCCUGAUGCCUCGAUGGAUGGGAGGCACAACCAGAUCACAGGAAUGACAAAUCAGCAGUUGGGGAAGCAGAUGGGCGUGGCUGAGGAGGGACGGGAAGCAGUGCCUAAAGAAGGCGCUGUACAUCAACACUGCGGCUGGUUCGCACGCAACCUUCUCCUUACCCUUACUGUGUUGGGUGUAAUAGGAGGAUCAGUGCUGGGCUUGCUGUUGCGUUAUGUUCCUGAUCUUGACUCAGACACACUCAUGCUCGUCUCCUUUCCUGGAGAUAUUCUGAUGAGGAUGCUGAAGAUGCUCAUCCUUCCUCUCAUCAUCUCCAGCCUCAUCACAGGUCUGGCUGGUUUGGAUGCCCGCUCCAGUGGGAGAAUGGGCACUAGGGCCAUGGUGUAUUACAUGUCCACCACAGUUAUCGCAGCUGUACUGGGUGUGAUCCUGGUACUAAGCAUACACCCAGGGAACCCUAAACUCAGGGCAACCCAGGUGAGCACUGGCCCCAAGGAUCAGGAAGUCAGCAGUCUGGAUGCCUUUCUGGACCUAAUCCGAAACCUGUUCCCUGAGAAUUUGGUUCAAGCCUGCUUUCAACAGGUCCAGACAGUGUUGAAGAAGGUCGCAGUGCCCGUUGAGAACCAGACAGAACCCAUUUUCAUCAACAAGAAAAAACUGGAGUUCAAGUGGGGAAUGAAUGUACUGGGUUUGAUUGGAUUCUUUAUCACGUUUGGGAUCUGCAUGGGCAAAAUGGGGGAGAAAGGAAAACUAAUGACAGAUUUCUUCAACAUCCUCAAUGAGAUCAUCAUGAAGAUGGUGUCCAUGAUCAUGUGGUAUUCCCCUGUGGGUAUCGCCUCCCUCAUCUGUGGGAAAAUUGCAGCCAUCGGUGACCUGGAGGUGGUUGCGAGGCAGCUGGGCAUGUACAUGGUUACAGUCAUCGUCGGCCUGGUUAUCCAUGGAGGAAUUAUCCUGCCAAUCAUAUUCUUCACUGUGACGCGGAAAAACCCCUUUGCCUUUUAUUCUGGAAUCUUCCAGGCCUGGAUCACUGCUCUAGGAACAGCCAGCAGUGCAGGGACAUUGCCCGUCACAUUUCGCUGUCUAGAAGAAAAUUUGAAGAUUGAUAAACGGGUCACCCGGUUUGUGCUGCCUAUUGGGGCUACCAUAAACAUGGACGGCACAGCCCUGUACGAAGCUGUGGCAGCCAUUUUCAUUGCCCAAAUGAAUGGGAUCGAUUUGGACGGAGGACAGAUUGCCACUGUGAGUAUGACAGCCACUCUUGCCAGUGUGGGAGCGGCCAGUAUUCCCAGUGCUGGACUGGUCACCAUGCUGCUAAUCCUUACUGCUGUAGGCCUCCCAACGCAGGACAUCAGUCUGCUCAUUGCUGUAGACUGGCUGCUUGACAGAAUGCGUACCUCCAUCAAUGUGGUGGGCGAUUCGUUUGGAGCGGGAAUCGUGGACUUCCUGUCACGGGCAGAGCUUGCUCAGAUUGACGGCGACAUUCCUCUCUCAGACGAGGAGUUUGUUCCACCUCCUCCUUUACUGACUGAUAUUGACCUGAUUGACCCUCUGUGUCCUCCUGAAUUACCCCCACGCUCCCCACGACCCCCCAAACUGAAUCACCACCACCCUCCGUCUCUGAGCCAGUCUCAGUCUCACUCCAUCCCUCACUCACCCAGGUCUGUUCGAUCUCCUUCACCCCGCUCUAUCCGUUCCCCCUCUCCUCGCUCCGUCUGCUCCCACUCCCCGAGGCCUUUCCGCACACACUCUCCCUGCCUCCUGCGCCGCGCAGAGCCUGGAUACUGUGCCCUGCCCUCCAUUGACAACCAGGUGCCCACGUUGCCCCGGGGCUACAGAGAGAGAAACCGAGAGAGAGAGCGAGACAGAGAGAGGGAGAGGCUGCGUGGACGAGAGAAAGACAAAGAAAGUGAGACGGAGGAAGAAGAAGAGAAAGAGAGGAUGAUGAUGGAUGAGGGGAGUGAUGGGGAAGAAAGUGAUGACACCGCUUACGAUCGAAGUCACGCUAUCCCUCUCUGUGAUCUCCCCUGA